AUGUCUCUAAUUGAUGUUUACGUUUAUAACGCAGAUGGGCGCUGCUCCCGCCCCAAUGAUACAAUCGGACCCUCAGAGCUGAACCGUUCGAACUAUCAGCAACAGGUUGACAAAAUGCGUCAGUACUGGCAUAGGAUGAAAUGUGGCAAUGAGACACCUACAUCUAUUGACAGAGACUGUUGUAUCUCUUGGUGUGAGCAGUUGACUUCUUUUUUCAGUCAGGCGUCUUCUUGGAAAGAUCACUGUUUUAAAAUGUGGGGAUGCAGAAUAAAUGAAAAAACUCCCAGCCAGUUUUCUGUGAUAUUGACAAAUACAACCGACUCGUCGUAUUUGGGCAGAAUCAAAGUGAAACAGUGCUGGAAACUGAAUUUUCCUGCCAUCAAGCUAACACCAUCAAGCGAGGUAGGUGUAUUUGAUUUUCUUGUAACAUUUUUAAUGCCUAUUGUUGUUGGUCCUCUAAUUCCACCCUUUAGAGAAUGUCAAACCUAUCCCCCUCCUGACCCCGGACCGCGUAGCUAUCGAUAUAAGUUCGACUUUCACGCAAAGCUCGAAAUGUAAUCGCGAGCACUUUCUUUCUUAAGUUAUCAGUAUUUCCUGUGUUAUUUAUAUUCUUGUACUCAGUGGUUCCGUAUUAUCUUCGUAACACUUUACUAAGAAACCACUAGCAAUAGCUUGUAAAUAGAAGAGUUCGAUCGAGUCAUCAUAAAAUUAAACUCCUCUUAAGUUUACUGCUGGUGCCUUGGUUAAUGAAAGCUCAAUUUUCCUCAGAUUGUGUAACCCAUGAAUUUAUUGAUUCCUUUAAGAGCUAGGCUACUAAAAGUUUUGUCUAAACGAACCACUAACUCAGUCCCCAGGAAGGAAACUUGUUGACACCAUUCUAAAAGAAGUGAUGAGCUCUUCUGGAAAUAAAGUAACUCAAGAAAAAAUGGAACGCAUUUUUCUCACUGUCACUGAUUUGGAGGAGUUCAUUGGGAAUUAUGCUCAAAAUCGCCUUAAUCAAACCGUACCUAAGAUUGACAUCCGUGGUAAACAUGCAGGUGAGUAGAUCUUAAAAGCUGAUUUGGAAGUUUUCUUGAUUUCUAAUUCGGAGUUCAGGAUGAAUACAUGCAUCAUUCGUGGCAGAUUUUCGAAACAUUUGCAAACACUACUACUUAUUCGACGUUUUGGGUGUAAACUUUGUCUGUAGCAACCCUUUACCGAAUCAUUUCGCGACACAUGAACUGUCUUGGACCUCUUUUAAGGCAGUUUAUAACAGGAAAUUCCUAUCGCUCGUCAGUUAUCUGCGAUUCCAACAACUCUUUCUCUUUUGCAUAUGUUCUUUAAUAUCGUCAUAGUUAUGAAUAACUCAUAAAAGAGGGGGAAAAUGGAUAAAAUGAAUAAAUAAAUCAUGGAAAUAAAAAUAAGAAACCAUUUGAAUUCACUGCAGUGAUAUGUUAUUUAAAUUUAAAAAUGGUGACCAGCACUUUAUCUGACAAUUAAACAGAGAACACUCCUUUGACUGAUGAUCCUUGAAAACUACUUGCAGUUAAUACUUCUAAGUGAUGGUUUCCAGCAUUUUAGUCUUAAAGCUUUUGAGGACGAUGACUUGAGACUGUUACGAAAGCAUCUGCAUUUAUUUCUGCCCUAACUUAAUAUAAAUCGCGGUUUUGAAUUUAGAUAUUUUGGUCAGGAAGAUUUUCCACAAAUAUGAGACUGGAGUACAAUUUGAGGAUGAUAAAGGAGAAAACUAUAUCAGCCUUCCAGUUGCAGGCUUGGAUAAAGGUUGGAGAGCUAUAUCUUUUGGUUAUUUUUUUUUUUUAACAUAGAAAAUAAUGUAUUUUUGUCGUAUUAUUCAAAUUAUUCUAGCGAUUAUCACUGUUAUUGGUUAAAGGGGAACUGGGUUUCAAGUUAACGAAUGGCUGAUAUCUUAAUCCAGUUGCUUUCGUUUUCUUUUACCUGUUUAUGUGUCCUUUGGUCGAAAUAUUUCAAUCUUAAUACAAAGUUGGGCAUGCCAAUGAAACACACCGGUAAACUUGCAGGGUCUUUAAACCGUGAUAACUUGUCCUUUUUUCGCAAUAUUCUCGUAGCAUUAAAAUUGUUCUCAUUAUUACAUCUUAGGAUCAGUUGUACUUUGUGUCAUUUACAAAGAUCUCCAUGAGGUAUUCCAAAUAGGCCAGACUGACUCUGCUCCUGUAAAUAAAAUCAGGUUUGCUAAAACUUAGUAUUACAUUUAGUAUCUUUCAUCUCAAAUAAAUCUGCUUUGGUGUGCUAAUAACCUACAUUAUAGGCCAUGUUCAUAAGUUUCCUCGACCUCGACUUGGGUUUCUCGUUUAUUUUAGUUUCUUUCGUCUUGAUUCUGUUUUCCUGCCUUUUUAUUAAAUUUUCUUUGUUUAUUUUGUCGGUCUGUUUGUUGGUUAAAUUAUUUUUCUUUCUUUUUUUUUUUUUUUUUUUUUUUUUCCUCGUUUGUCUAUCAACAGUAAUAUCCUGUCUGCAACGAUAUGGCCGAAGAACCAUAUUCUCAGGAAGAAUGUUACGUUGAGAUUUCAAAACCAGGCGGUAAGUUACAAUUUAUCAAGAAAGAGCUGCAUCUGAAUUCGUAACUUUAUCUUUUGUUUUGAUUUGAUCUAAUUUGUUUCUUCUUCUUCUUCUUCUUCUUCUUCUUCUUCUUCUUCUUCUUCUUAUUAUUAUUAUUAUUAUUAUUAUAAAUAUUAUCAUCAUUACUAUUAUCAUUUCUAUUGCUAUUAUUAUUAAUAACAUCAUCAUCGUAUCAAGUCAAGGUCCUUUGUAAACAAUAUUUACAUGUGUCUUAAGUGGUAAGGAGGGCUCUGAAAAAUUCCGGCGAGAGCACCCUCACCUCCACAUCAGCCAUCGAGUCGCUGUACUAGGUAAUAAUAACGGUACCUUACGGUUUUAGGAUGCACCGAACAGAAUCUGCGUGUUUUGGAAUACUUCAAAAAACAGGUAAACAGCUUUGAAUAAAAUUAAGAGAUCAUAGCAGCUACGAACACUACUGUGCUAGUAGUUGAAAAUAGGACCUGAAAAAAAUUCAGGCCCCUAUGGGAUUUGAACCCAUGACCUCUGCGAUACCGGUGCAGCGCUCUACCAACUGAGCUAACUAGCCAACUGAGAGCUGGCCUAUGUGUUGGGUCCAAAUAAACCAUCCAAAUGAUGAAUGAUGAUUUUAGAUAUAUGAAAUUCAUAUAUUUGCACUGCGAUCAAGAACGGAAAUUAAGAGAUCAACGCAGCUAAGAACACUACUGAACUGUUAGUUGAAAAUUGUUGGUAGAGCGCUGCACCAGUGUCGCAGAGGUAAUGGGUUCAAAUCCCUUGCGGGCCUAACUUUUUUUUCAGGUCCUAUUUUCUGGUACAUCACAUUGUGUGGUCACCUCUUACUCAGUUGUUGGCAGUUGUUUUGUAUUUUUUUUGGUUCAUUUGGAAUCUAAAGAUCAGAGAAAAUUUUAGAUCAUCAGACAACUUUCAUUAUCUCAACUUUCUGUGCCAUUACACACGAUAUGUUACGUAGAUUCCUUCCUUUUUCUUGCGAACAGUAUCUUAUUUAUCUCAAGAUCAUCCAUCUAUCGAGACAUUUGGUAUUAAUGAACUAAUUUCCUAAUUUCCUUCUGAUUCUGAGAGUUUUCUGCUGUCAUUCUAGUUGGUCAGGACAAGGGUGUCUCCUAACAUCGAGGAACGAAUUUUAUACCGAGUGCAGCUGCAAUCAUUUGACUCACUUUGCAGUUCUUAUGCAGUUUGACAGGGGAACCAGCAGUAACUUUUUAAGUAAGGUAGGAAUAUUGAUAAGCAUAUACAUACAUUGAUUCCAGAAGGAACUUAGACUAGACAGCAUUGGGGUUAAUGGUGUGUAGCCCUCUUCCGUUAUCGGUAUUGAAUCACUGUUUUUGCAUUCAUUUUUAAGACUGACGAAACAGCGCUGGAAAUUCUUACAUAUGUGGGCUUGUCUUUUUCUCUGGUUGGAAUCACUUUAACAAUCAUCAGUUAUGCUGUUCUUACGUAAGUACAUGACAUAGUUCCACCCAAGAAUUCCAAAGCAAGCUGAGCAUGUAGACCAACAAGAGAUUAUAUCAGUUUAAAUGUGUAAAGUUUAGAUUUAUUUAAGCAGCCACGUAGAAUUAUAAAAAUAUAAUCAGACUUUGUAUAAAAUGAGAAUAGAACUGAUGUAAAAUAAAAUCAGUUGUUUAUUUUUGAUUAGAGACAUGAGGGGACUUUUAUCUCAGAUUCGAGUGAGUCUAGUCGCUUCACUUGGUGCAGGUCAAAUUAUCUUCCUAACUGGAAGUGGUGCUGUUGAGAACAAGGUAAGAAGAGAAUAAUCUCUUUCAUUACAUCUUUAUGACCUUAAUCCAAAUCUUAACUCAACUUUUUCAUUCCUGUGCAGUCUGCCUGUGUUACAGUAGCAGCGUUUGUGCAAUAUUUCCUAAUGGCCGCUUUCUGCUGGAUGUUGAUCGAGGGAGUUUAUCUCUACCUGUUUGUUGUAAAAGUUUACAAUAUCAACGACAAAAUGAAGGUUUCACAUGGAUUUUCAUGGGGUAACUAUGAAUUAAAAACCCAUUCUCUAUUUGAUAAUCUUUUGAAAAUUAAGACAUUAAUUACCAUGAACAUUACCAUCGCCAUUAUCAUGUUAGAUAUCAUCAUCAUUGGACUCUGUUGUCUCUUCGAAUUUCGAAUCCACAGGUCUACCCGCCGUCGUUGUUUCCAUAUCGCUGGGCAUUGCAGCAGGAACCGGGCCAGGGAUUAAAAGCUAUAUCAGUGAAAAUUUGUAAGAAGUGAAUGAUUUUUCCUCGUGUGAUUUCCCUGUCACGAAUCCUCGUUUUAUGUUGUACUUUUUUGCUUGUUUCUUUGUUUUUUUUUGGUUUAAUUGAUUGGUUUGUGGCUGCUGUUGUUGUUGUUUUGUUAUUUCUUUGUUGCCUUUUAUUACUAGUCAUCAAACCCGAUAUGGAGGGUACUGCGUACAUGCAUGCGCAAAAAAAUUAUUAAUUAAUUGAUAAUUUAUCAAAGUUUUGGAUACUUAAUUUUUUAUUCAGCUGCUGGAUGUCAUCCUCUAACGGCAUGAUCUGGAUAUUUGUUGUAUUCGUUCUGCUGAUCGAGUUGGUAGGUUACAUUCUUAAAAUUUUUUCGUUUCCCUCUUUCACACUUCGCCUUCGGUUAUCGUUGCAUCGUGAGCAUUUUUUUCGCUCGCCGCUUUUUUAAUCUAGACUCUAAUCAAUAGUUGCCAACGAAAUCUGAAAUAUGUGUGAAAUAUAAAUUUUGCUUGAAGUGACCUUAUUGUAGGAAGAUCCCGUCUGCGGUUACCGCGAAAGAUUUUCAGGUUGAGUAGUCCUGGCUCGAGUCUCUCCCGGGUUGUUGUUUUGUGUUGUUAGGCGAAACAGUUUGCGUUUACAAUGCUUCUCUCCCUCUCCUCCCAGCUUUAUGGAUAUUUACCAACCAAUGGUCAAGAAAACCUGGGAAAUGUCUGAUGGGAUGACGAGGAGGGGAAGGGUUCAACUUUUGACGAACAUCCCAUGAGGCCACUAGGAGAACUUAGCUCAAGUGCAAACUUCUCUUUCCUUUGUAUAGUUAGAUUGUUUUUUGUUUUGUCUCGUUUUCUUCUGUUCUCAGUUAAACACAUUGAUACUGGUGCGAGUUAUUAAGGAGAUGACAAACAUGCAGCAUGCAAAAGACAAAAUCAGUGAACAAAUAAGGUAAGUAUUUUUGUGGCGUCAAUAGAAGAUGCAUGUAAGCCCUUAGCCUCUUACUUUGCUAUCUUAUACGUAUAAUGCCAAUUCACAACAAGUUGAUUUGCUCUUUUUUUCAUGAUUUUAUAGACUUGGUGUCAGGGCAUGCGUGUUGAUGAUUCCUUUGCUUGGGAUCACGUGGCUAUUUGGUCUGCUGUCGCCCCUGCACAAAGCGUUUCCCUACAUUUUCAUAAUGUUCAACUCCACUCAGGUAAACUAAAUACACCUUUUAGUGAAUGAAAUCCGUGCUCAUACAGUAUGAAGGUGAACAGGCGGUUGGUGGAUUCACCACUGAUUUAAGAAUGAAUCUUGACAAAGGUAAAAGUCGGUGCUGAAAGUGCACCUCAUUUCAGGGUACAAGUUCACUCAGCCCAUGUCUACUAAGAAUUUGUCUCUCCCGACAUAAAAACAACUUUCGAAUUAUCCCAUAAAGACAUACUUGGAAAACACACGCUACGUGGCUGAUGAACUUUUAACAGUUACAGCAUUCUUUAGUAAACAGUGUUGAACCCUUUAACUCCCAAGAUAUUAUUAGUAAUUCUCCUUACUGUCUCCUCUACAAUUCUUCUGAUUUUACUUCCGAGAAUUUAUUAUAAGAUCAGCUUUUAAUUCCCUUAUAUAUACUUUUCUUGGUUCUCAUCACUCGUCUUCUUGAUUUUGUAUUGAUAUUGUAAGCAUUUCUGUUUGGUCACUCAUGGGAAUUAAAGGGUUGAAAAAGACACAAAAAAGGGAGUCAGGUCAUGAUUCUAAGAUUUGUUCAUAAAAAUAAAGACCCUCUUUACAAUUACAUAAAAAAAGUGAAACUGAGUUUUCCGGAGUAAAAACCAAACCUUAAUAUAACAAAACAUAUAUCUAUUUUGCAUCAAUGACCACAAUUUUGCUUAAGUCGAUUUAGGACAUGACAUUAAAGGCCUCACAAUCGAAUACCUGAGAUGACAAAAGUUUUCUUCAUCUAAUUGUAUUCCUCUCGAUAUUCAAGCAAGAAGUUAUACUAACCCUUCCUUACAAGUUUACCAGGCGGUAAACUUAGUGUAAUACAGAGACAAAGUAGAGAACCUGUGAUUAAGAGCAGUAUAAGUUUGGACAUUUUUGCUGCCCAGCAAUAUUUAAUACUAAGCGGUUUAGGGUUAGGGGAGCUUUUAUGGAAGCACUUUGAAUCUACUAAAGGCGUUAAUGUGAUUUCUGAAAUUGCCAUUUAACAGGGCUUCAUAAUAUUCAUCCUUCACUGUGUGAGAAAUUCAGAGGUAUGUUAUCAAAUGUUAUUUUAAGUCUCUUUGUAAACUUUAGAUUUUUGCUCAGAGUUUUACCUGGCAAGGCUUCCACUUUGAAAUAAGAAAUUAAAUUCGAUGGUUGUAUUUAUGCGAAGCACAUAGAGUUGUAUAGUUCUUGAGAUCGUUUUGAUAUCAACUUAUUCAUGCAGAUUAGAUCUCGCUUCAAAAGAAGGAUCAACGCUGUCAACCCAACUGCAGAUGAAGUAACAGGCGUUAAGCGAGCUUCGCAAGUAAAUGAAAGUAUCAGCGUGGAUUGCCAAGAAAAAUGAAUGUCCAGCCUCGUAAUAACCAUGAAAGUGGCAUUGAAAUAUAUGAAAUCUGAGUAGUCCUAGUAGUGUUGUUCCUUAGCUCAGAUUUGUGUAUAUCUUGAAUUAAUUUCGAUAAGAAAAUUUUAGAGUAGGUAUAGAUAACCAGCUUAAGAAGGCUCUGACAGCUUUGUAUUGAUACGAAAAGUAAGAAAAGAACAUCUCAAGUAAUCAUAAUUUAAGGUCUUCUCCGUGUGGAAAGAAAAGGGCAUUGGAUACACUAAUGUUAAGAAGGUCUACAUCCAAGACAUCAAUUUACAGAAUAAUGAAACAUCAUAACCCACCAUGAGAGGAAAGAAACAUAACCCACCACCGAGAAGAAAAGAACAUUAUGGAGACCAAUAAUGGUAAUCAAGAUACCAUUACUGUCAAUAGAGGUAAGAAUUAAUCAAUAACAAACCAAGAAACAAAUAAAAACAAAAACAAAUAAAUACUAUUCAUAGUGCUUUCUCUUGGCAGUCUCGUUUUUACUCGUGUUACUGUUUCAGAAUUUUUCCCCUGAGAGUGGCGGUUGAGAAAUGGAACUUAAUCCAUUCAAAAAGCUUUCUCCAUUUGUCAUAUGUCAAAAAAAAAAAACUUCAUUUACUUCCUCAUUCAAAAGCACAUAAUUAAUAACAUUUUAAUGAGGAGCGUGUAAUGUAUCGAUCGAAUCUUUUCGCGGUAUAACAGAGAGAAACUUCGAAUAAUAUCGGCGUAAGCCUUUUGUUGUCAAUAAAUGAGCAAUCAACCCUCUUUACGUUUUAUAUUCUUGUGGUCUUAAUUUUACAUGUUAAAAUACCAACAAAAGCAACAACAGUGCUACCUUGUAGCAAUUCUCAGAGGAACAGAAACUGAAGCGUAAAAUCGUCAUUUUUGCUCAGAGUUUUACCUGGCAAGGCUUCCACUUUGAAAUAAGAAAUUAAAUUCGAUGGUUGUAUUUAUGCGAAUAAGAUAAAUUCUUGGUAUUUAUUUUCUUUCGCUUCUGGUUAUUUGAAGUUGUCCAGAGUUGAAGGGCUUUCAGAAGGAAGAAAACUGGCAAAAAGGUAAUGCUAUCUCUUCACAUGCAGAUCCAUACUGAAACACAAGAUACAGAUAUUCCUGCAACAAGUUAUGGGGAAUUGUUUAUAUUUUAUUGGCGAAUUUGAUUCCCCUGAUAACUGACACUAGGGUCGAUCGAGUGUUUGCACCAUAAAUAGCCCGGGAUUUUUGGGACAACAUCCUCCUCCAACUUGUACUUCCCGGGUGUUCGAAGCAUCUCGGACCUAAGAUCCCGUUCGUAAUAAUGUCGUUCGAAAUGUUGAUAACAAACGCGUGAGUCUUUCGUGACGGUGAAAUUUGCCUGAGAAAUUUUUUUGCCAGCCAUUUUCUUUUGAAGAUUUUGGUAUGAGGCCGACACUAUUGUAGUUAAUACCAUUUGUGUGUGAAAACAUCUGUGGCUUCUGAAACACCUAAGUUAAACGACUUCAUCUCUUUAGGUAUAUAUAAUGAAUGAAUGAAUCAUGCAAGGUCGUAACUGCGAGCUGAGCACGGCUCCAGUUUUUCGGAGAAACUUCUCUUCGUUUUUAGAACAUUUAUAAUAAGAUAAUUCAUUUUACCGACCGAGAGAAAACUGACAGAUUUACAAGUCGUUCCAGUCCACCAUUGCGAUAACCGCACUUCAUCAGCAACUCCACCCACUGGUGUCCCUUGGUAAACCAUCCAAUCAACUGUCACAUUAGCUUUUGCGUGUCUUUCGUUGUAACCGGCCGCCAUCAUACAUGCAGUAAAUCUAUCGUAGUUGACAUUUUCAACCCAGGACACAACGGCAUCGUAUACAUAAGAUUUGUCACUAGUUUCAGUAUGAUUAACCGUGACUUGAACUCCGAGGGCCUUAUCAGGAUAAAACACAAAUGGCCUGAGGCAAAUGACUUCACAAUGGAAAUAACCAAGGGAGGGGAUUUACGGCAUGUGUUGACGACCUCUCUAAAAAGGAAAUCCCAGAAAAAAUAAAUUCAAAAAUACUUGGCGUAAUCUGAAUUCACUUUUGUCUAAUUUAAAGCUAUUGUCCCAACCAUCUCUAUCACUCACUGAAAUCACAAAAUAAGGCCAUUGUUUCCAAAACAGAAAGCGUUGUUAACAAGAGGACAAUGUCACUUCUGCUGGCGCUAAAACUGCUUCUGCACCACAGACACCAAAAUGAGAAUCGGACAUUAUUGCUGACACCAGUCGAAAUGACAAUCAGCAGCAUGAUAACCAUGAAAACCAGCAACAAGAUUUGCUUUGAACACCGAUGGUGCCAUUAGCACUGACACUGACGAUAACAGUGACACUUUCGCUCUUAUUUUCUCUGCAGGUGUUUGGAGACGGAUUUUCUGACAAAGAAAGUUCUAGGAAGCAAGUAUUUAUUCAAAAUAACUCACCCUCACAGUUACCAGGGUGCUGUACAGUGUAGUUAAGUCGAAGAAUACACAUUUCCUGUUGAAACAGACAUACACUGUCAUAUGUUGUGUAGAGAGCCAGUGUCUCUACUGCGUGAUCAAGGACAACUGAAUAUUUUGAUAUGCGUUGAACUGUAUUAUUAUUCCAUGUAAAUUGGCAAACAAACUUCCAUCACGCCGAGCGAAUGAACUAGAACGAAAAAAUAAACUAGCUAACCAACGAUUAACCAACGAACGAUUCACUGAAAUUAAGAAAUAAUACAGCGAACAAAGAAACUAACAAACAAAGUAGAUAGAUAUACGAUGUACUUACAAGUUUUUCGUGCCUAGAUCAUGGAGAAACCGAAUAAGCUCGAAAACACAAAUGAAAAAAAAAAAAUGCUAUGUGCUUUUAUCAAACACAGCAUCUCAAAAUGCAGAAAACAGACAACGAGACCAGCGGCUUAGCGUAUUUAAGCUGUCCUAAAGUGUUCUACUUGAAGCCAACAUGUUGAACCGUUUGAUGAGCAGAAAGGUUCUUGGUAUGAACGAGAACUCUCCACAGAGACGCAUCUAACAUCAUGAGGCCCGAAAGCUUUGCACAAACAGUAAUAAUGGCAACCUAUAUUUACAACUCCCAUCUCACUUGUUCAAGUACUAAGAGAGUAUAAGUGUUUUGGAAAAAGGUAUCCAAAUGUUGUAUUCAGCGUUUGACUUAAGUAUUUUAAACAUGAUUUUAACUAUGUCAAUGAAUUUACCUGAGCCCUGUUUGUAGCUAACUGCGUUUUGUAACCAGCAUCCUAACGGCAUUGCCAUUAGGUAUAAAGUCGGAAGGAAAAAACGAUCAGAGAAUAAGAUGUAAGCCUUAAGUUAAGAAUUACAGCUACGCUCCACUGAGUUAUAAUUUGAUUGACGUGCAGUAGCUAAAACUUGUGCAAAUACCUCGUUUUUCAAAACAGUGAAAACUUAGUCUUAUUGAAAUUAGCAUGAAAAUUAGCAUGAAAAUAACCAUGACACUUUCUGCUCACCUCCAGUCACCAUGUGGUCAACGGUGAUGACGUUCUAAUUGUUGGAAUCGCUGUUAAACGUUUUGACACAAAUCUGAGCUUCAAUUCGAUCCGGAUAAAUAUGACUUACUUGACAGAAGGCGUAAUUAUGCUGCGGAGAUGGCAAGUUGUAUACUGUAAAAAAAUAUCCAUGAACAGCCCUUAUAAACCUCGGGGUUGCCUACUAAUUUAAAUUUUUUGUUUGGACCAUCGAAGAUCUUGGCUUAUCUCAAACAAAUCUUUAAGCUUUCUGCUUUCAAGUCCUCGACCCACAAGGCCAUGGCAUCCUGACUUCGGUUGGUAACACCAUGAGUGACAGUCACGAAAAUGGUUGGAGGAGAUGAAAAACGCUGAAACAUAAGAGGAUGCGUUACACAUUUUAAGGCCUUGCCGACAGACUUAAGGGUGAGAAGUUCAAAAGGAAUAAAUCAAACCAUAUUUAAACAUUUGUAGGAAACAUCACGACAAACGAUAAUAGUAAUAAUAAUGACGAUGAAAUAAUAAUAAUAGUAAUAAAUUAUAAACUAAGUAAAUGGGGUUCUGUGAGGCUAUGGAUUAAACAGCAAUCCAGUCUACUUCCUUAGUACUUUUCGAGCUGUCUCCAAACUCCACAACGCAAACUGUGAAUCCACUUUCAAUAGCAUCGUCAACCCAGAUCGCGCCACCAUUACGAGGAUUUUGGCUCCUCUCUGUAUGGCCAACGGAGGCAAAGACCUUUACUUUCUGUCGGUCAUAGAAAUGAUACUGAAAGGAUAUUUCUUGCAAGUGAACAGAUCUGGUGUGGUAGUAGUAACUAAUUUUCUUUCCGGCCUUGAAACCAAGAGCUGUUAAGAAAUAAAUAAAUACGCGUUGAAAUAAUAGAUAUUCUUAUUUGCAGUUGUCCAAGAAUUAUAAUGUGCCCUCUAUUUGCGAUCCGGUAAACUGUUCUAUUGCUUCUGAGUGCGCCCCUCCCUCGUUCCUCUCCCUCUUUAUUUUCUUCUAACCCGCGUUGUUAUCAGUAUAAAAUAGAUAUUUCACGUCAAUAAUCCCCUUUCAGCCAUUUUACGGCUAUAUAAAGGAAACUGUAUCGACAUAACAUUACUUGCUGGAGAAACGAAGAUGACAACAAAGACAGCAAAGAGCAAACCGACUGAGUGUUGGCACUCGCGCGACAUCUUGCUCAGAAAGACCAGUGUAUUUGCCUGCUGCAAAUUAAAACCUCCCAAAAGGAUUAAAGUCAAACAUCUUUACCCGCAAAGACCUUUCCAUUUCGUGAGGGAAAAUCGAGUUUCGAAAUACUAAAAGAAAAAAAAUGAUAACCAGCACGUUUAUAGCAACUGGAGAGAGGGGGGAGGGGGAAGGGGUGGAGGCAAUAAAGAUAUAAACAGCCUAACCCAUUUAAUUUUGUUCCAUUUUGGGAUUGAUUGUCGAGUACUUUAACUUAUAUAUGUCAGUCCUUUCUUUUAAACUACUACUGAUGAAGUUUGCAUAGAAAUGAACAAAUGGAUAUAGACAGAACACCUCCCCCCCCCUCGCCGCCCCACCUCUAAAGAUUGAGGGUAACCCUUUACAUCGUUCGCUAAAGAUUCCGUUGAAGAGCAAGGGACAAGGUCUUGCGAAUUGGAAGUGUUACGUUAUAGAUCUUUCGGGAUUUGUAUUUUUCUAAAAUAUUUAAAAAAGAAAUUUAGGAUUAAUAUUGCUCAUGGCGUAGCUUGUAUUUUUGGUUUACGCAGCUGAUUGGACCUUAAGGCUAUUAAAUCAUUCACAACUUUCGAUUCAUUCCAAUCACGAUGUGCUAAAUUCCUAUCCUUCCUUAUUUCAUUACAUAGAGCAGUUCCCACAAAUCUCCGGCCAGUUUUGAUAAAUUCAAUUUCACACCAUUUUUUCAGGGCCUCGGUUAUUUUCUGUAUUGUAUGGUGGGUUUAAAUGAUUGUUUGCGUGUUGCGUGUUUCGAAAUUCGUUUUGAUCCAGAAUUCAUUCGCCUUUCAGUAUUUUAAGCUUGGCCCAAAUGAAUGGUAAGGUCAUAAUAUCAUUGUUUAUAUAUUUUGAUUUUAGAUAUAUGAAAUUCAUAUAUUUGCACUGCGGCGAACAAACGAAUUUAAGAACUCCUCGCAGCUAAGAACACUGCUGAACUAAUACUUGAAAAUAGGACCCGACAAAAAUUCAGGCCCGUACGGGAUUUGAACCCAUGACUACUGCGAGGAUCUGCGAGGAUCUCUUAAACUCGUUUCUUCACCGCAUUGCAAAUGUAUGAAUUUCAUAUAUCUAUCAUCAUUUUAGUUUACUUGGAUGGUUUAUCUGGACCCCAGCUCCCAGUUGGCUUGUUAGCUCAGUUGGUAAAACGCGGCAACGGUAUCGCAGAGGUCAUGGGUUCAAAUCCUGUAGGAUCUCUUAAAUUCGUUUCUUCACUGCAGUGCAAAUAUAUGAAUUCAUAUAUCUAAAAUCCUUAAAGUUCUGUUGUUAUCCAAGCCUGUUUUCUUCUAUAAAAUCCUCCCAGCUGUUAUGCAUAUUUUCGCAGAGUGUAAGUCUAUAUGUCUGCCAUGGCCGUGUAGAUAAUCUCGAAUACGAGUAAUAACUAAAGAAAACUACGCGGUAGGGACGGAGAAUGUGUAGUUCCGCAUAUUAAAAUGAACUAACAUUAGGUGUUGACAAUAGACAAAAGUAUCAGUAUCUAAGAGUGUUAUCUUGAGAUAACUGAACAAAGAGAUUGGAUUAUUUUGCAAUAGAGAAACUGUUCAGACAGUAUCCUUUCGUCAGACGAGUAGCUUAUGCUCGGAAGAUUAGUCUUUCAAGACUCGAUGUGCUAGUUUAUCGAUCCUUUUAAACAUAUGGUUUAUAUCCCUAAUUGAGAAUAAACUGAAUGCUCGCAAGGAGUUUUUAAACACUGAUUGCUAAGAAAUAAAAGAAAGAAGACCUGAUUGUUAUGUAAACUGAAAAUUAUAACAUCCUUACGUUUCUUUUUUUAAUUAUAAAAUUUUCUUACUCUAUUAGUUGCUGUAACCUUUCAAAAGCAGUAAUUGUUUUGUUUUGUUUUGUUUUUCUCUAUGUUAAUUAUCGAUGUUGAACUGUUCAAAGCGAGCCACGUGUUUGAAGAAGAAUUUAACUGAAUGGCUGAGGUCUGCCGCUAUGUUGGAAAGAUCUCGAGUUUUACUCUGGUGGGAUUCUGUUAAAGAGCAAGAGGCAAGCUCCUACUAAUUGGAACCGUUCUACUAUAGAUCUUUCGCGAUUUGUAUGUGUCUAAAAUAGAAAAAAAAUGUUUAGGAUUAAUUUUGUUCAUAACAUAGCUUGCCAUUGUUGGUUUACACAGCUGAUUAGACCUUAAGGCUAUUAAAGCCUUUACAACUUACGACUCUUUCCAUUCACGAUGUCCUAAAUACCUUUCCUUCCUUAUUUCCUUACAUGGUGCAGUUCUAACAAAUCUCCGGCCAGUUUUGAUAACUUCGAUUGCUUGCCAUUUUUCAAGGCCUCAGUCAAUUUCUGUAGUGUAUGGUGUGUUUAAAGGAUUGCUUGCAUGUUGCGUGUUUCCAAAUCCGUUUAAAUCCCGAAUUCAUUUGCCUUUCAGUAUUUUAAGUUUUGCCCGAAAGAAAAGUGAGGUCAAGAUAUCGUUACCAACUGAACUUCACAUAUUUUUUUCUUAAAUUGAUUAAUUACGUAACAGUGAAAUAUUCGGUAUUCGCCUAUCAAUUUUAAUAGAUUCAAUUCCUCCUCCGCAAUUUGCCUUUGAUUGCGAUUCUUAUGCGAAGCUAAUUAACGUAGUGCUAUGCUUUCUAUUAAAGCCUGCUUGCUUUCGUAAAAUCCUCUUAGAUGUUAUGCAUAUUUUGGCACAGUGUAAGUCUAAAUGUUUGUUACUGCCGUGUAAGUAAUCUUCAUUUCUUACCUUAAAGAAAAGAAAAAAAAAUAAAAAAAUAAAAAUGACACAAAUGGAGAGCAAAACCUGUUGCAAAGAUUUUAACUGCCCGAUAAAUGUUGUCUUCUUUUGCAGGAAUAUUAAUAUCGGUAAAAUAAAAGCAGAAAAAAACAUAGAUGGUUUGUGGAUGUUGAGAUAGGUGGGCUGUCGGAGACUUAAAAGUUAAUAGGGUUUACUUUAUUACCUACGGAAAAUCCUCUAUUGUCGGGGGUAGUGAAAUGGGAACGAAGGAAAAAUCUCUGAGUUUUGCCUUUAAGGUGUGGUGAAGUAUUUUAUUGAAUACGAGUAAUGACUAAAGAACUUAAGGAAAACUGCACGGUAGCAACGAAGCAGGAGUAGCUCCGCAUAUCAACAUGAAUUUACUUCAGGUUUCGAUAAUAGACAAAAGUUUCAGUCUAAGAGUGUUAUCUUGACAUAACUGAAAAAAGAGAUGAAGUGCAGCAGUUUAGGAGAAGUGCCAAACAAGACACUGAAAUCAAAGGUUAAGUAAACAGGCAAGCGAGAAUGAACAAUUCUUUAUUUCCCAAUGAACACGCUGUACGCCGUAAAGAUUGAGAUGCGAAGUCACGUGGCCGCUCGUCUGGCGAGAUAACUCAAAACGUUUUCGUCAGACGAGCAGCUAAUGCUCGGUAGGUGAGCCUUUCUAAACUCGACGUGAUAGUUUAUCAGUCCUUUUCGACUAAUGGUUAAUAUCCCUAUUUGAUAAUCCACUGAAUUGUCAUAAGAAGUGGCCCAAUACUGAUUGCUAAAAAACUCUGGAGAACGAGACUGAUUGUUUUGUAAAUUGAAAAUUACAACAACGUCGUCGGGAUUUCUUUAAAAAAAAAAUAUGUUUAAUUUUUUUACUCCAUUGUUUGUUGCAAGCUUUAAAAAGUGGUAAUCACUUCUUUAUUUUUUUCCUUCCUUUUUAUUUUUACUAUAACUUUGAUAAGUUAAAUAUGUUAUUAGAUACGGGGCUCCGUUCGCAUGACUUGUGCACCAGAAUCUGACUUGAUCGAUAAGUUAUCCGCCUUACGCUUCAGUUCCAUUGGCUUGUCUACUGAUGCACACUAAAAAGAGUGCACCUGUCACCAUUGACUCAUUUUGCUGUUCUCAUUUUGCUCUUCUUCUGGACACAGCUGAGUAUUGCAGCUGGAAAAGAUGGAAUCGAAAGUUUUGUGGCUGAUAAAUCGUGAGGAGAAUUUCAUUGUACUGAUCUAAUGUCAUAAUACACGUAUAAAUUCAAAUUAAAAUGAUCCUUUUUCGUUUUUAUUUAUUAGCUUCUUGUUAUCGUGUUUCGAGAUGGAAGACAUAAAAAUUAUGAGUCUUAAGAUAGGUUUUGAAUCGGAUUGAUGAUCAGGCUGUAAUCAUCGAUUCCACCAAUCAAUAUUCUGUAGAAAAAGGACGAUCAACCCAUUCAAUCUGUGGCGAAUCCAUAUUGGUAUGUCAAGUAAUCGUUGACAAACAAAGCAUUUGCCAAUUUUCUGAUCUGGAUAUUUAUAGUAUUUGUUGUGCUGAUUGAAUUUGUAAGUGAAAAUAACCACGCAUGAUUAUCAUUAUCGAAACUGAAAAAAAAAAACUUUCAUGGGGCUCAUAUAGGUCUAUUUCCUUCUUUAAGUUCAACAUUCUGAUCCUCGAGCGGUUUAUCAAGGAAAUGGUGACUAUGCAACAAGAGAAGGACAAACAUAGCGCUCAAAUAAGGUAUAUUCUGCUCCAUAGAAGAAAAUCCGGUUUCCGAAAUACUGGGUCUUGGAAUCUGCUCCUUCCUAGAAACAACAAUCUAGGAUCCAACAUUUUUUUAAUCAUAAAUCUUCUGAGGUGAAAUCUGAAGUCCAAAACAAUAACAACAAGUCAUCAUCUUGAUAGAAUUGCUACCUUAUAGUGUUUCAUCAUCAACAAUUACCACACAACAAUACUAAUCUCUUGUUUUGUUUUUGUUCCUUUGUUGUUGUUGUUUUUUUUUUUUUUCAGACUUGGUGUGAAGGCAUGCGUGGUUAUAAUUCCUCUGUAAGGGAUCUCGUGGUUAUUUGGGUUAUUGGCACCAUCACACAAACCUUUCGCUUAAAUCUUCACAAUCUUCAACUCUACACAGGUGAGGAGUAGAUAAAUGUCUGUGGAGAUCAAAAGACUUAAUAUUUCUGACAGAUGUACAGUCCCAGUAAUCUUGUGAUGAUGUUAUGUUGACCUCAUUACUCUGCCAGCUCGGUGGUUUAAAAACUGUGUAAAUCUUGUGAAAAUCAUAAUCAAAUCCUUAUCGUCAUAAUUUGACAAAACUUCUCACUUCUCUAUAAUUCAACAGGGCUUCUUGAUCUUUCUUCUUCACUGUGUGAGAAACAGCGAGGUCAGUGAUUAAUCGCUUAAAAUUACUUCUCAAGAUCCGGUAUUAUAUCGAUUUUUGUAGUUACAGUGGAGACCAGGAAGUUCAAUUUAAUUUCGAUAUUAUAUCAAAGAAAUAAAGUACUGGUUCACGGGGCUUGUGCUUAGAUCUGGACUAGCUGGAAAGCAAAAGCAGCAUGACAAACAGAAGCACUAUAGGACCAAAAUUUUCAGUGUAUUCACAUAUUAUGUGGGGUAUGUAACUCCAUAAGUGCGCAGGAGCACAGUUUUCAAACAAAUUCCUGUGUCUGAGAAUGGGGGUGAAGGAAGAAAGAAGAAAGGACGCAUUCCAGAUGAAGAGUCAGAAUGUAAGGUUCCUGUUGAUAAAAUUUACUACAGAGAGAAAAAGGAAGAAGUUAUAGGACAUUUUUUACAUUUUAUAACGGUACCUGUCCACAGUAGCUCCAGAUAACUGAAUAAGCUCAAGUUUCUAUAUGGCUUGUGAAAAUUGGCUUCUACUGAAAGUCCACUCAUAUCAUAGAACAAUAUAAAAUCGAAGACAAAAAGAAUACUACUACUCACAAACUCCUUGAAUGUGAUGGUGUGGCUAAUUUGAAUUGCAAUUUACAGAUAAGAGCUCGUUUGAGAGGAAGGAUUCAGGCCAUUUUCCCAGUGAUGGAUGAUGGGACUAGCACAAAACGAACAACCGUAGUGCCACCGGAAGUAAAUGAGGAUUCCACAGCCAUUGAUGCGCCGAAAAAAAUAAAAGUUAAACCACUGAGUGACAGCAAAAGAAUUAAAAAGGUACCGAACAAAAGCUCCAUGUAG